ACGCAUCAGUUGCAAGAUGGCUUCAAAUGUAUUAGCAUUAAUUAUUGCAACGGUAUUUUUAAUUAGUUUCGCUUGCGCAAGUGUAGACAACACUGAUAAAGCAUUUGCACAGGCCGAGUAUGAUAUCAUCAACGAUACCGCGUCCUUUGCAUGGCAGGACUUGCGCAAUGAAAUACAUCAGGGUGAUGCCAUCACCUACGAACUCGGCACACCACAAUAUAAAAUUUUGAACGCGGACGAACCGAUAGAAAUCAUCACGCCCGAUCAGCCGGGCUACUACCAAAGCCUUAAGCGGUAUGUAGCUGCAGCAAAGCAAGAGGCGGAGAAAAAGCAACAUGAUGCUCCCACAACACCGCCAGAAGACACGAAGACGCUAACGAAAGUCCGUAAAGACAAGCAAGAAGCAAGCCAGCUGUCAAUUGGGGAGAAGAAGAUACGUUUCAUCAUACUGAAUUCGAAGAAAAAGAGCAAAAACUCAAAAAUCUAUUUAGAUUCGCCAAAAAGUUACCAGCAAGAUGCUAAAACGGCUGAAACGCGCAAAACUAACAGUGAAAGGCCGACUAUCAUUAAACCUGUGCUGAGUGAAACCGAACCUUGGGCCCAACAAAUUAGCGAUGUUUCGGAGGUCGAAGCAAAAGGAGUGCAAGAAGAGCGAAUUGCUUUGUCAAAAAGCGUCCAAGAUAGCAAACAAAAUGAAAGUAUUUCACUAAAAUCAAACGGCUCGAAUGAGGUUGUAAAACCUUUAGAAGAAAACUAUCUUAUUACAAGCACAGAAAACAUUAUUAUCAAUAAUUCGAGCACACAAGUUGAUCAAAAGUUUGUCCAAGAGUUGCCGUCAAUAGAAUCUUUGCCUGCGAAGGCAAUACCAGCAGAAGCUGCUCACCAAUUACCGCCAAUGUUUCUUACAUACGAUACUCCGUCCACUGAGGAUACUUCAGCAGCUCUAAACUCCAAACCUAAAGAACCCAGCGCAACUGCUAUGAGCUCGAACGCGCCCAUAUACGAAGCUCCACCCCAUAUCAGGGAUUUUGAGUAUUUAUAUCGCUCAGCGUUGGGUAUAAGAUAAGCCAAAAUUUAUAUAAAUAUCUAAGUAACAAAUAUCUAUGUAUUAUUUCAUUAAUUAAAACAUGUUUAUACAUUUUCAGAGAGUAUACUGUAAUAUAUGUAGAAAUAAAAAUAAUCAUAGAAUUAAUAAAUAUUUAAGUUGUUA